GCCAAGCCUCUCAGACCUCGGACCCCGGACCUCCGACCUCCUGGACCAGGACUCCGCGGGCCGGGAUGGGGCGGCUGCUCGUGCUGCUGCUGCUGCUGCUGCUGCGGCCGCCGGGGUCCCGGCCCUCGGGCCCGCUCCGGGCCUGGGUGGUGCCGCACAGCCACAUGGACGUGGGCUGGGUCUACACGGUGCAGGAAAGCAUGCGGGCAUAUGCGGCCAACGUCUACACCUCCGUGGUAGCCGAGCUGGUCCGCGGGCAGCAGCGCCGCUUCAUCGCCGUGGAGCAGGAGUUCUUUCGGCUGUGGUGGGACGGCGUGGCCUCGGAGCAGCAGAAGCGCCAGGUCCACCAGCUCCUGAAAGAAGGUCGCCUGGAGUUUGUUCUUGGAGGCCAGGUCAUGCAUGACGAGGCUGUGACCCAUCUUGACGACCAAAUCCUACAGCUCACAGAAGGACACGGGUUUCUCUACCAGACCUUCGGGAUGCGGCCACAGUUCUCCUGGCACGUCGACCCUUUUGGUGCCUCUGCCACAACCCCCACCCUGUUUGCCCUGGCAGGCUUCAACGCGCACCUCAUCUCCAGAAUCGACUACAACAUGAAGGAUGCCAUGCAGAAGGCCCAGGGACUCCAGUUUGUAUGGCGAGGGUCCCGUUCCCUGGGCGCCCAGCAGGAGAUCUUCACUCACGUCAUGGACCAGUACAGCUACUGCACCCCAUCCGCCAUCCCCUUCUCUAACAGGACCGGCUUUUACUGGAAUGGUGUGGCCUUCUUCCCAGAGCCACCCCCGGACGGGGUGUACCCCAACAUGAGCCAGCCCGUCACGCCAGACAACAUCCAUCUCUACGCCGAGGUCCUGGUGGCCAACGUGAAGCAGCGGGCCGCGUGGUUCCGAACACCCCACGUGCUCUGGCCCUGGGGCUGUGACAAGCAGUUCUUCAACGCCUCGGUGCAAUUUGCCAACAUGGACCCCCUGCUGGACCACAUCAACAGCCACACAGCGGAGCUCGGAGUCUCCGUGCAAUACGCCACGCUGGGCGAGUUCUUCCACACGCUACACACACUCAACGCCACCUGGAGCGUCCGCGACCACCACGAUUUCCUGCCCUAUUCCUCAGAACUGUGGCAGGCCUGGACAGGCUUCUUCACAUCGCGCAGCACGCUCAAGGGCCUGGCGCGGAGAGCCAGCGCCCUGUUGUACGCCGGGGAGUCCAUGUUCACGCGCUACCUGUGGCCAGCCCCCCACGGGGCCCUGGACCCCACCUGGGCCCUGCAGCAGCUCCAGCAGCUCCGCUGGGCUGUCUCUGAGGUCCAGCACCACGAUGCCGUCACCGGUACCGAGUCCCCCAAGGUGCGCGACAUGUACAGCGAGCACUUGGCCACGGGGAUGCUGGGCGUGCGCAAGCUCAUGGCCUCCCUCGCCUUGGAGGGGCGGGGCUCCUCCGCAGCGGAGCAGCACGCAGCUCUGCAGGCCCCCCCAGGCACAAAGCCGGCGGGAUACUCUGCCUCAGUCUACAACCCACUGGCCUGGACAGUCACCACCCUCGUCACCCUGACCGUUGGCUUCGCCCGAGUCCGCGUCACGGACGAGCUGGGCCACCCUGUGCCCGCGCAGAUUCAGAGCUCCAGCAGGCAGCCCUCUGCGUAUGAGCUGCUCAUCCUGACCACCAUCCCAGGCCUCAGUUACCGGCACUACCAGCUCUGGCCCACCACAGAGCCCCACGCAGGCCCCUGGGAGCCCGCUGCCGCCGGGGCCCAUGUCCUCAGGUAUGGCCGCAGAACAAGGAGGCAGGCCCGCCAGGGCGGCAGGAAGCUGGUGCCCGUGAGGAACGACUGUUACACCGUGCUGCUGGACCGGGACACCAACCUGAUGGACAGCAUCUGGGAGAGCCAGAGUAACCGCACGGUGCGCGUGGCCCAGGAGUUCCUCGAGUACCACGUCAACGGAGAUGUGAAACAGGGCCCCAUCUCUGACAACUACCUGUUCACACCCAAGGAGCCCGCAGAGCCGGCAUGGGAGGCCGUGGAGAUGGAGAUUGUGGCAGGGAAACUGGCCACGGAGAUCCGGCAGUUCUUCUACAGACGCGCCUCGGCCCAGGCUUACAGCUAUGCCAUCUACUCCCGCCUGGCCCACGUGCCUCGGGAGGCCGACGGGCAGCUGCUGUGCCAUCGGAUAGAGCAGAGGUACAGCGCAGGCCCCCUGGAGCUGAACCGCGAAGCCAUCCUGAGAACCAGCACAGAUUUGAACAGCCACCAGGUCCUCUACUCGGACAACAACGGCUACCAGAUGCAGCGGAGGCCCUACCAGAGGUUCAGGGACAACGCCAUCGCCCGGAAUUACUACCCCAUGGUGCAGUCGGCCUUCAUCGAGGAUGGCAGAAGCAGGCUCGUGCUGCUGUCGGAGCGGGCGCACGGCGUCUCCAGCCAAGAGAACGGGCAGGUGGAGGUGAUGCUCCAUCGGCGGCUGUGGAACAACCUGGCCUGGGACCUCAACUACAACCUCACGCUGAACGACACCUCCGUCGUCCACCCGACGCUCUGGCUGCUGCUGGGGCCCCCAGCGCUCACCACAGCCCUGCGCCCAAGGAGCGGGGUGGAGCUGCAGCACAGGCCUGUCGUGCUGCUGCGAGAGCUGGCCCGCACAGGCCCGCCGGCUCAGGGAGCUUCCUCAGAGCCCCAGGGACUCCGACGGCAGACAGCGGUGACGCUGCCCCCGAACCUGCACCUGCAGGUCCUGAGCGUCCCCGGCUGGAACUACAGCACCAACCACACAGAGCACCUGCGGCAUCUUGAGCAAGGUCACCACGGGAAGGCCCAGGCAGACCUGCACCGGGUCCUGCUCCGCCUCCACCACCUGUACGAGACGGGUGAGGACCCAGUCCUGUCGCAGCCGGUGACGCUGAACCUCAAGGCCGUGCUGGAGGGGCUGGGGGCCGUGGCCGCCGUGGAGGAGCGCUCGCUCACGGGGACCUGGGACGUGCACGCGCUCCGGCGUUGGACCUGGAGGACAGAGUCUGCCCCCCAAAGAGGCUGCCCCAGCUCCCCGCCAAGGCCGCUGCCGGCAGACACCUCCAUCACCAUGCACCCCAGGGAAAUCCGGACGUUCUUCAUUCACUUCCAACAGCAGUGAGCGGCCCCCCAGGGCCGAGGGGGGCGGGCAGAUUCAGGGGCAAGCUGCCAAGAGGGACCGAGGGUGAGGAGAAAGCCACAAAUCCAACAGGCGCAAGGCAAGCACUGGCCACAGAGGAGGGUGGGGCGGUUCUAUUUUUUUAAUAAAAAAUUAAAAUCUAUGGGGCUGGGAAGGUGGCUCCGUGGUGGAGUGCUCGCCUUGCA